GGAGGGACGGAGGGAGGGAGGGCACAGCUCGUUUCCCGCCCCCUGCUCGGUCUCUUCUCCUCCCUCUCCCCGUUCCUCCUUCCCUCCCCGCCGCACCGGCGAGGCUGGGAGAGCGGCGCCCGCCCAGCGCCCGGGGCUGCCGCCCCGCCAGGACGGGGGAAGGAGGCGCUGCCUGCGGGGAGGAGGCUGGAUGAAGGCUUGCGCCUCAGGGCGGGUUGGCCAGCCCCUCGGGCAUGAAGGGGACCGCGGGGAGUCUGCCCUGCCCUGCAGCCGAGCGGGGACAUCAGGAAGUCAGCUGGCUUCAGAUGAUACAGAACUCACUGACAGUUGCUCUUCCUUCAGUCCUACUUCAUGAGAACUCCAGAAGAUACUAACUGAGUGAUAUUUGGCCAGGCCUAAAAUAUCUUCCACUCCAGAUUUGAAAGUAGUGGAAAAGUUAGACCAUUUUCUCUUGGGAAGAAACUGAUUGUAGUUUAUUCAGAAGUCCACAUUGUUUCCGUUCUCUAAGCAGAUGGUACGUGAGCAAUAUACUACAACAACACCAGGCACUAGCCUAGAGAGGCCGAAGAAUGAAUAUGUCUACAAAAUUGGAAUUUAUGGCUGGAGAAAGCGUUGCCUCUACCUGUUUGUUCUCCUCCUGCUUAUCAUCCUAGUUGUCAAUUUUUCUUUGACAAUUUGGAUUCUUAAAGUGAUGUGGUUUUCCCCAACUGGAAUGGGACACCUGCGUGUUACAAAAGAAGGCCUUCGUCUGGAAGGGGAGUCGGAAUUCUUAUUCCCUCUUUAUGCCAAAGAAAUCCAUUCUCGAGUGGACUCAUCACUGCUUCUCCAGUCUACUCACAAUGUGACUGUGAAUGCUCGCAAUUCAAAUGGGGAAGUCACGGGCAGAUUAAAUGUGGGUCCUAAAAUGGUAGAAUUCCAUGGUCAGCAAUUUCAGAUCAACUCAAAGGAUGGCAAGCCACUUUUUACAGUGGAUGAAAAUGAGGUUGUCAUUGGCACAGAUAAACUUCGAGUCACAGGGCCCGAAGGAGCACUUUUUGAACAUUCUGUAGAAACACCACUUGUGAAGGCAGAAGCAUUUAAACAGCUUAGGCUGGAAUCACCGACUCGAUCUUUGAGCAUGGAUGCACCACGAGGAAUUAAUAUCAAAGCGCAAGCUGGGAAUAUUGAAGCUCUUUCCCAGAUGGAUAUCAAACUACACAGCAGUGAUGGUGUGCUUCUGCUCGAUGCUGAAACUGUACGACUGCCUAAAUUGCCUGAGGGUACAAGGGGUGGAUCCGGUAUUUCUCAGGGGCUUUACGAAAUCUGCGUGUGUCCGGAUGGAAAACUCUACUUGUCAGUGGCCGGCGUGGGCUCCACCUGCCAAGAAUACAGCCGUGUCUGCCAGUGAGGCACCAGAAAAGGCCGCACACCCCCUUGCUAGUCUGAGUUUUAUAUUAUUGCUGAAGAGCAUUACCGAAAGCAGAAUUUUCAGAAUUUUAAAAACAAAGUACUUCAGUUUAGGAAACUAAUCUAUAGCUACAAUUCUGGACUACAGGGUGAAAGAGGAAGAGCACAAAUGACAUUUCAACUUCAGAAGAAUGACUUGAAUCAAAUAAUAUGUUCUGUCAGUAACACUUUGAAAACAGCCUUAAAGAAAGCAUUAAAAAAAGGAAUAUGUUUCCUUGCUGAACUUUUAUUCAGUCAGAUGAUUAUGUCAUUGUUAACAUUUUUGAGCUCCAUGGUUUUUUUCUCUCACUAUAUGUAAACACUUACUGCAUUAGUGGGUGAAAUAAAUUGAGGGAACUACUUUAACUAGUUGCUAAGACAGAGCAUUAUUUGGGCAAUUCAGAAAGUGCCAGCAAAUGGUCUAUGCAAUUUUGUUCUUGCAAUAACACAAGAUAUGAAAAAUGUGGUAUUUGUAUAAGUUCUGUGUAAAAGGUGUUAAUUUGCUAAUAGCUUUCUAUUUUAAUUUGGCAACAUAUAUGCUGAUUUGCUUAUUACUGAGAUUCACAUAAAAAUAACUAACACAAAAAGCUCCAGGAGUCAUUUAAACCUCCCUGCAUCUCAAAUCUGUUCACUAUACAACAGAGAAAUAUGUUAGUGUAUUUUCUAAUAGCAAUAGUUUGUUGAACUGCCUGUACCAUUAUACUCAUUUAAACCUUUUUAUAUUUUAGGACAUGCUAAUUCAACAAGGCAAUUUGCUCUGCCAGCAGGACUAGUAAAAAGGAAAAAAUCCUUAAUAUGGCUCCAGAUUGUCUGACACGAGGAACUGUUUGGGUGGUGGGAAAAAAACUGCAGCCCACAGGAUUCAAUUGAAAGGACUAUUUAAUUACCAUCUGCAGCUGUUGACUGAUAUUUCUGAUCCUGUCAGAGUAGAAGCCCAUCACAAACGGAGAGAGUAAAACUACUCUUUAUUAUUUUUUACAUUAGGACUUUGGAUACAAAGCAAAUGGUCACCAGAGUUGACAAACCAUUUAUUGACCUUGUAGAGAAACACAGCUGCAGACCCAUUCCCCUGUACAGUGUUGCACUGAACACAAAUAAAUUGUUUGCACACCUCUGGGUAGCAGAUUUGUAUUUAAUAGUCUGUUGUUUAAAACUAGUGGGUUUUUAACUCCUUUGAUGGUCUUUUGUAUAUACUUGAUGAUAUUAUUACCCAGGUAGGAGCUGCUAUCACAUAGUGCCUUGGUGUCUAUUUACAGAAAGCUUUUUAACCCAUACUCGUUUUUAAACCACAGAAUGUCCAUCCUUUAGAGAAGACAAUAAUCAUCCUUAAAACAGGAGAAACAAAAGAAUGACUAAGAUGAUGCCAUUUUUUAAACUUGCUACUUCAGCUAGCUACUACAAGCAAAGAAAUCGCACACUCAGUUAUGAACCCAGAUACCCACAGAAGACUGAGUUGAGAAAGAGCCCCCCGUUAACUGGAUCCGCUAUUAUUGUGGUAAAGCCCUGGGUAGUCUCUGCCUCAAGGGUUGCCUUUGUAAUGUAUGCAAUGAGUCUAAUGGACAAGACUGAAAUUGCCCUUCCUUAGCCAGGUGGAGCCCUCAGCAUUCAUCAAACUAGAAGAAGAACAACAGGAAAAGCAGGAGACGUGCUUAAGCUGAGCUUCGGGCAAAGAAGCCAAGUGAAUCAAGGUCUCCCAUGUUAUUUAGAGAGUGCUCUGACUGCUAACAUAUUGCCCAAGGGAGAAGUAGGAAGCCACACAGCUUCCAUUUCUGAAAUUCCCUUUUCCUGGGCUUAGACAUCUACCUUCAAGUGUGAGUCCAGGGCUGUUGGCCCUAAAGAGAAGACAGUAUAUCUCUACAACUGUAUCUCUCAACUAUAGCUCUCUACAAAUAAGCCUUAGCUGAGGUAGGCUUUAACAGAAAGCUGUCUUCGGCUUUAAAGUCAGUUUAGGUGGUUCCAGCUCCAUGUGCAAAGUCUGCAAACCAAAUUAUGAGCAGACUUAGCUCAAUCAUUGGAUAGAAAGUAUGAGUAUUAAAGGACAGCAAAUUCCAUUCCAGGUGUCAGAUACUUGAAAACUGCUGCUACAAGUAACCUGGAGGGCUGUAAUGUCUACAGUCUUUUAUAAAUGUAGUACAACAGCAAAACUGGGACUUCAAGUCUCUAGAGAAUUCAGCCACUAUCUAGUUUCAAAGGCAUUUGAAUUACCAUCAUACCUCUGUUUCUGACAUUAAGGAACAUAUGCCCACUUCCACGUGGUACCAAACUACUAAUUCACCUAAUCUAAUCCCUAAAUGUUAGGCAGAUACUGUAAAUAAGUACAUUAGUUACAAUCUGCCUAUUCUGCUGACAUAGCACUUUAUGUUAUGCAUUUUAAGCAUUUUCAAAUGUGACUUGCCAGCUAAUACAGCACAAGGGGUUGAAUCCAGGCUUUCCUUGUAUCACAAGGGUAACAUAACCCCUAAACUACUGGGUAUUUGGAAGACACGUCUGUUGCAACUUCGUGCAUUGAAGUUGCUCGAUUUCAGUUAACAUUUUUACAAAGCUGUGGUAUACAGCUAGUAAAAUCAGGGUGCAGUUCCCUGGCUAGUGACACGACUAAGCAUUAUGGCACCUCAGUCAGACAUUGCAGUAACUACUGCCUUUCUUGUGGAGGUAAUCCCUUUGGGCUUGCCUCAGUUCAUAGGUGAGUUCUGAGUAGUACAGAAAACUAAACAGGUCUGCUGUACCCCCAGCUCUGCCAUCAUCCAAACCACAACCUGGCCCUCUCCAUUGCUUAAACUUCAUCUUCUUUUUGUUAUGCUACAAAAUUGACAUUGAACAUAUAGUUGCAUUAUGUAAGUUUUGCAGGUUUUUUAGAGCACGGAUGGCAACUUCUUGUUACUGAAGAACUUUUUUGGGAUUUUUUUUUUUUUAGUUGUGGUUAGUUGACCAUCAAAGUUUAUGCUAAAAUUACCAGUGUAAUCAGGUGAUGCUAUAAUAUGAAUUGUUGUUAAUCUCAAUGUAGUUCAUACAUCACUAAAUUAUCUUUUUUUAUAUCUCCGUGUGGCUGUCUCUCCAUCUCUCUCUAAUACUUCAAAAUUAUUGUUUCUACUUGAAUCAAACUUCAGUAAAUAGUUACAGGUUAACAUAAAAUUAUGGCACAGGAAAGUUAGAAUAUGCACUUCUCCAGUUUAUUUUCAAAAAUGUUAACCAAAUAGUGAAAAAAAAAUCCCACUACCCAGCAUAGUGACCUGUACUGUUUCCCCCCUCCCCCCCAAAAAAAAAUAAUUAUUUGCAGCUGUUCUUGUAACUGGUUGGGAUUGUUACACAGUGGAAAAUUAAAAAUAUCAAAAUGGUAGUAAAACUUUAUUGGUGAUUGCCCAAACACAACCUUGUUUGUUUCCAUUUCACAGUCCUUCAGUAUUGACAUCUAUCUUUAUGUAACUUUAUGCGAAAAGAAAUUGCAAGAAUUAACUGAAAACUGAGUUCCUGAAUAAACUUUAUACAUUUUUAAAA